UUAGCAAAUCUGAUACAAAAUCUGCAUGGUUAGCAAGCCAACAUACCAUCAGGAUAUACCUGAGUUUCCUAAAGAUACCAGAAAGAAGGCACGUACUAGGGAAUUACUAACCUUUUCUGCACCCCCCCCAUCUCCAAAUCAUUCAUUCUUUCUCAAGGUCUGAUCUACAUUCCUUCAUACCACCUAAGCCAUCAGAAUCACUCCCCUCCCUCAGUUACAGAGGACCCAGCAUCUCACCACAGUUAAUGGACAAGUGUGAAAGGGAAGAGCUCGAUGGACUUGGAAAUUUUUCCCUCCCUUCCUGUCACACAGCAACUGUGACUGGAGGGUCCAACAUGGAAAGAAGCAAAGAGGCACUGGGGACCAUCUUAUUAGUAUUGGUAGCAAUUCAACAGGAUGUGAACAUUUUAGAUGGAAGUGCUGAGCACCUCAGGAGUCCUUCCACUCUUAAUAUGGCAUAUGACAGCACUGAAGAACCUCCAUCCAAGGUGACUUCAGAGGAUGAGGAACAUAUCUAUGAACAUAUUUAUGAAACUCUGGUAACUUCUGACAAACCAGAGCUGAAUCACCAAAUGGCCGUGGAUGAGCUCAUCACUACAGAAGCUAACUAUGUGCACAACCUUCAGCUCUGCAUUUUUGAUAUCCGUCAUCACCUCCAGAAAAAACAGCUCCCUGAAAUUGACUUGGAAGGAUUGUUCUCUAAUAUAGAUGAUAUCCUGGAGGUUUCCAAACGUUUGUUGAAAGGACUUGAAGCUUCUGUGAACGAGGGGCAAGGACAACUUUUUCAUAUCAGCACUUUAUUCCAAGAGCUCAAAGCAGAAAUGGAAAAUGUCUAUAAAAUUUAUUGUGGAGACUAUGACCAAGCUCUUUUACUGUUGGAUAUUUAUAGUAAGGAGCCAAGAUUGCAAAAAGAAAUCAUGGAAACCUUGACUACCACUGUGCCUCACACUGGUGCUUCAAACCUGAGCUUCUUCCUGGUGAUGCCAGUGCAACGAAUCACAAAAUACCCACUGAUGCUGCAGAAGAUUGUGGAAAACACUUCAGACACUGACAGUGCCUAUGGAGCCCUGCAGGCUGCAGCCACCGCUAUGACAGAUGUCAAUGCCAAUAUCAAUGAAUAUAAAAGGCGGAAGGAAAUAGCAGAUAAAUAUAACAAGGCUGGGUAUCUGACUCUGCGAGAACGUCUGGCCCGCCUAAAUACCCACUCCAUUGCCAAGAAGACUGCACGGUUGAGCCGCCUCUUCAUGCAUGAAGCUGGGAUUGUGACCAAGACAGAGGAUAAAGAGUUUGAUCAACUGGAAGAAAAGUUUCAGUCAUUGGCAUCCGCUAUAAUUGAUCUGAAAGAGAAUGUGGCCUGCUUUCUGGACAACACAGAGAUGUUCCUUAGUUUCAAACCACAUGAGGAUGAACUGGAUAUGGAAACGUACAUUACCCAACCGUAUUGUUCUCUUGCAAAAAAGCUUCACAGCACCAUCUUUCCUGUCUAUAAGCAGAGGCUGGAGCACCUGGUAUAUAAGCCACUGUGCAACUUAUCAGAGACUCUUAGAGGCCCCCAGAAACUGAUCAAGAAGCGAUCAGAUAAGCUGCUUGACUAUGAGGAAUAUGAGGAGAAGAGGAAUGAGACGGGCAGCGUGACCUAUGAGGAGGAGGCUAUCAUGAAUGCCUAUCUUGGCAUUAACUCCUUGCUUGUGUCUGAACUUCCUACAUUCAAUCAGGUGGCCCUGAAGUGGCUGGCCUGCAUCCUCUGUUCUUUCAUGACUCUUCAGAGGGAUCUGGCCAAGCAAAUCCUGCACGAGGCAGAAGGGGAGAUUGUCCAGCUGCCCCAUAGACAUCUCUCUGCAACUGAAUUUUGGAAAAUGGUAAUGGAUACUUUAAAACAGGCUGAAGAUCAGCUGUACUUUUUCCAGAAGAAGUUUGAUACUGUUUUGCCAAGCCCCGUUGUGCAGCCUCUUACCUCUGCAGAGGAGAAGAAGGUCCUUUUGCUUCUGAACAAACAUGGCCCAGAUAAGUUGUACCAGGUGACAAGGGAUACCGGGGGCUGCAAAGACAUGGACUUGACUCUGCAGAGAGGGCAGAUAGUGGCUUUUUUGCAUGGCAUGGACACCAAGGGCAACACAAACCGAUGGCUGGUUGAUUCAGGAGGUCCAAGAGGCUACGUUUCACCUGGAAAGCUCCAACAGUACCAUUACGUCCCUAACUCAAGGCCCAGGACAACAACGUUGCCCCAGGGUGAUACUACUGGGAAAACAUAUCCUACUUGUAACUUUCCUCAAACUCCCAAUCCCCCAGCAUACUUCAACACUCCAGUUUUACAGGUAAGAGCUGCUUAUCCCUUCACAGCCAGGAGUAACCAGGAAGUCAGUCUGCAAGCAGGCCAAUCAGUGACUGUGCUGGAACCCCAUGAUAAAAAGGGAAGCAAGGAAUGGUUCUUAGUGGAAGUGAAUGGACAGAAGGGCUACGUGCCUUCCAACUACCUGGUUGUGUUACCCCCACAACCACCUGGAUGGGUUUCGCCCAUUUGGCCCUUUCCGGCUCAGUAAAUGCCACUGUUAAGAGAUGCUUGGUCUAGAACGCAGCUCUAUUUUCAUUGCCUCUCUCUUUCCCCUUUCUUUCAUGACAUUCAAUGGACAAAGAGGCUGAUAAUGAGGCCAGGAGGCCUCUGGGAUAUUGUGAGUUUCAGUUUCAGAAAUUCAGAAUGAAUUUGUGCCAUAUUUAUUGAAAAAAAUAUAUGAAGGAACCUAGAUUCAUAAGCUACUUAUAAUUGUGAUAGUAUUUCUUGAUCUAAGGCUAACAAGGGAUUUUCCAAAUAUUGGAAAAUAAGGGUUCUUGUAGUAAUCUAGAAUAAUUUCUGCACCAUUGGCAUUACAAAUAGUCCUCAUUCAGUGAUCUCAUUUGGGACCCACAACUCAGUCAUUAAGCGAAGUGGUUGCUAAGGGAACCCACAACUGUGCUUACAACCUUAUUUCAGCUUUCUUUUGCUUUACAAACCUGUAAAUGUUGCAAAGCUACUUUUAUAUUGCCGUCGUAAUUAUGAAUUGUUGCUAAAUGAGACAGUCACUAAAUGAGGACUAUCUGUAUUUGAUCAAUGCAUGGUCUCAAACCAAAGAUUUCUGUAGGACACCUAAGUGUAACUGUGCUUAGUGCAAUAAGGGUUUAAAAGGGGAAUGCGGCUUUUCCUAACUCAUUCCAGAAUACUCAUCUCAAUCAGUUAGCAACUCAUCACGACAAAGAACUUCUGAGCCAGAGGCUAGUUGAAACCCCAUUCUUCUUUCACUGAUAUAAUGUCCUUUUGAUGAAGAAACAGUUAAAAGAACCAGCUCAGCAUUUUCCAAUGGUCUAUGGUACAGCUACCAGAUUACUACAGUAAACCCAGUUGUUCUCUUCAGUAAUAUAUUAAUAAUCUGAACAAAAUGGCUGAGGUGGCUAAAGUGUUGGACUGAGAACAAGGAGAAACUGUAUUUGAAUCUACUCUCAACCAUGGAAAUUCAGUGGCUGAUUUUCAGCCAGUUACUCUCUUGUAUCCAACUCACAGGAUUUACACUAUCGGGAAAAAUAAGGACAGUGCUAUGUAAGCCAUAUUUAGUUCCUACAAAAAUGGUAGUACAAAAAUAUAAAAUAAAUAUUUGCUUUAAGUGGCCUUCAUUGAGGUGAUGCAAUGCCUAUUCUCAUUAUUGAAGAGAAUGAGUCCUAGUGCCAUAGUGCUUAAAGUGCAAUAUUGCAGGCAAACUCUGUCCACAGCCUGGAGUUCGAUCCUGAUGGGGCUAAAGGUUGACUCAGCCUUGCAAGGUCAGUAAAAUGAGGACUCAGAUUGUUGGGGGCAAUAUGCAAAUAAUGUUUCUACCUUGUAAACUGCCCAAAGAGUACUGUAAAUUAUGGGGUAAUAUAAGCUAUUGCUGUAUCAGUCUAGUAAUGGUUAGCAAACACUAGAAGACAGUAUAUCUGACUAGUGGAGAUUCUAGCAUGUGAAAUAUUCAGCAUUGCUCUAACAUGUAUUAUGAAAAAUUUGGAAGCAUGUUCAACUAAAAUAAUAUUGGAGAGCAAAGAAAAAUGGAAAGAUUAUGUUUUGGCAUGAAGUGGUUGUUACCAACUUUCAGUUAGAAAUAUGGAGUGGCAAAAUAUUGCUACAAUUGUGAAAAAAUUAAAUUGAUAAGUACACAGAAAACUACAUUUGUAUGCAUAAACAAUAUGGUUUGUCUUUUCUCCAAAAAAAAGGAAGAAAAUUUGCAUAUCAAAAAUAAUCUGAGGCCCUUCUAAAGAUAAUGAAAAAGAUGGUAUACACUGUAGGGCAUAUCAUUUUAUGGGGUGAAAAUUAAUUUUUGCAAUUUUUUUUCAGUGAGAGAUUCAAAAACUAUGUGUUUUUACACCAAGAGUUCAAAUCUGCGGUUAUUUUUGCAAUUGCACAAUGUUUAGCUUGAUAUGCUAAAUCCAUAUCUGAUCAUAUACCCCACAAAUACUGUUACCUUUAUUUUCUCAAAAUUAUACCUUUUGCUACAAAAAUAAAAAAAAAUUCUGCUUGAAUCUUAUCUUGCUAAGCAAAAAAUAAUCUAUGCAAUCAUAACAUCAGAAAGCAAUUGUCUGAGUUACAAAAAUGCUUAAGCGAGUUUCAUCAAGUCCUGUGUUGAUUUGUUCUUCAACAUCAGCCACCAACCUGCUUCUUGGCCUCUGAUAUAACCCUCAUUUCCUCAUGUUUAUACGAUCCGCUUGCUGCCUCUGUGACCUUUUUCACAUCUCUCUCUACUGAUUGAGCAUGAAAGGGCCACUGUGAUACUUGCAUGCAUUUGUCAAUGGACUUAUUUAUUUCCACUGUAGACAGUUUGCCCAUCAAAGGUGGCUCAUGUACCCCUUCAGACCAGUCAAUCAGCUCCAGCAGAGUGGAUGCUCUGGCUUGACCUCUGACCCAGUGCAUGGCACCACCUUCACAGCCAGUAUGAACAUUUGUAGAAUCUCCUCCAAUGGCCUUCAAGCUUUUGUCAACGCCUUUCUUCUUCAUGACAUACACCAGAUUAUCUGCAAUCGCUUGAGCAGGUUUUCCUGUUUUUGAGCCUUUCUCUGGAGUGAAAUGAUAAAGAUAUCUUCCACCUGGCUCAAUGCACACAGACUAAUGUUCUUCUUUGAUGGUACUGGGGAAUUGCUGGUCUGAAUUGUUUGCUGGGGAAUUGCUGGCCUGAAAAGUGAUGAUAUUGAUGUGGUUAUUUACCGAGCGCAUCUAAAUUAUAUUAAAGUAAUGAAAAUAUCUUUAAA